UUUAAAUCUAACAAAAUUUAUAAUAGUGAUAUGCUAAUGUAAUUAAUGGUUAAUAAUAUAACACAAAAUACAGAAAAUUAAAAAUCAUUUAUGCUAUUUCUCUCUGACCUAAGCAACUUCAAAACAAUGUAAUACACUAUGGUAGAUAAUCACUAUCAAAUGGAUCGAACAAAUUAUCAUUCUCUUUCAACAUAGUUUUAUCUUCAUAUAUUUGAAAAUAUUUUAUUCACUAAUACCAAAAAAAUAAUUUUAAAUUUAUUACAAAAUAAAAGAUACGAACCCGGCGCGUAAAGCCGGAAGAGCACUAGUAAUAUUAAUAAUGACAAUCUAUAAUAAACUCAAUUCACUAAUGGUUUUAAUGUAAUAAACCAUUGAAUUAACCAACAAAGAAAAGGAAACAUGUGUUUUCUAGGAAACAGAGAAAAGGAAACACCAAGAGCUGUUUUCUUAUAAAUAGGUGUCUAAGGGACAGCGAUCCAAUAGCUGCGAAACCCUUUUGUUCAUUCAAUCGUUCUGUGUGCUCUGAAGAUAAUUAUGGGAGAACGCAAAGUCCCAAACAAGUAUAUUCCGCCAGAUUUUGAUCCGAAGAAAAUACCCCGUCUCCGUAAACCGAACAACCAGCAAAAGAAGAUUCGAUUUAUGCUACCGGUUCGUAUUCGUUGUAACACAUGUGGUAAUUACAUGUCGGAAGGCACUAAAUUCAAUUGCCGUGAAGAAGAAGUCAUCAACGAGACGUACCUAGGGAUUAAACUCCACAGGUUUUACAUCAAGUGCACCAACUGCUCGGCAGAGGUGACAAUUAAAACCGAUUCAAAGAACUCGGGUUAUACUGUCGAAUCAGGUGCAGUUGGAGUUUAUAAUGGACUCGAGGAAGAGGAAAAGCAUGAGGUAGCUGAAAACGCCUUGGAGUCGUUAGAGAAGAGAACUAUGGUAUCUAAAAGAGAGAUUGAAGUUAUGGCUGCGCUUGAUGAGAUGAAGUCUAUGAAGUCUAGACGAGCCUCGGUGAGCUUAGAAUCACUGCUUGAGGCUUUGAAUAGAAGAAAAAAACAAGAAGAAGAGAACGUGGAGGAAGAAUUGCUCAUUAAGUCUAUAAAAUUUGGUAAGCGGACAAGGAUUGAUGAAGAGAAAAAUUAUGAGGUGUUUGAUAAGGAGAAGAAGAAGCCUAAUAGACGUGUUAACGGUACAUAUCCCAUUCAAAUCUCUUCUGUUCGCAUAGUCUCCAAGAAGACUGCAAAGCUAACAAGGGGGCUCGAAUCUCUAUGUCACAACUACGGCUCAGACAGCGAUGAGGAGAAGUAAGCUAAGGUUUUUUGAUCGUUCCUGAUUAAUUUGAUGGAUUUUGCAUAAAUAAAUUGUUAAAUUGUCUUUCUAUUAAGUUUUUUUAAUUGUUGAGUUGUAUGAGAUUGCAGGCAUGCUACAUUCGACAUUUUAGCUUACUGUUAAGCUUUAGUGAUUUUAGCUGAUCUCAUUAUAAACACUGAAAACCUGGUCUUUGUAAAAUUCUGCUUUUGAAUCUGUGAUUUGGCUUAAAUAAGAACGUUUUUGGAGUAUUGUAUGUUAAUGCAGGUUAGUCAAAAUAAAGUGUAGAAAAUAUACGGCAACUUUUUGACAAGGUUAGUUUUUUUUUUUACCCUUCCGGAUCAUGUCUAUAAACCAAAUCCAUUAGAAAGAGCAAAUGCAAACAAUUUGCAAACCUGUAAAUCAAGUAUAACCUUUGUGAUUUACCAUCGUAUUCUACAUGUGAUCUCUUUAGAAUAACCUAGAUAGACUAGGUCAGUUCUAUAACAGCUUGUCUAAUACUGUCUUGUUCUUGAAAAUCUGUCAGUGAAUAAGUAAUCUUGAUGAUAAUGUAUGAUAAUGUAGCGGUUUUGCAUAAUGAGCAUUCUAAAGAGCUUUGUGUGUAAAGUUUCAAACUCUGAGAGAAUAAUGAAUGGUAGUUAUGUCCUAACCAAACAAUCAUAACCAAGUUCAUGAAAAACCCGAAAGCCGAAAUUCCAAACAUAGUUUCACCAUUAGCCUCUCGGCUUCUGCUAAAAAGUCUUUAAAUGGGUUCAUGUAUUAUGACUCCAGAGACAAGCCAUAUGAGCUGAACAGACAAGAAAGCUGCUAAAACUUCAAGCCGUUUAAACCCGAAAGAGUUUCUCGGAUUCGCUUCCCAGCUUGAGACCUUGAUGGCUAGCAGAGAGACGCUCAAACCCGGCACGUCUGACAGCAAAUGUGCAGCGCCGUCCGUCAGGACCGUGAGGCUAUUGGCCAUUAAAAUCUCCAACGAUCUGCACGGACAUGAUUGUCAGUUAAAGAAGGAUGAGGCUUCUUAUCUUCUGAUCGAUUCUUCUCGUUCUCUCGACUCGGAAAGGCAAUACUUUUGUCUCGUAAAUGCGCAAGACAGAGGAAUCACUUCCUCUAUUCGUGAUGGUGACUCAGUUUCUUCCUCUUUUUGGUCGGGUUUUGAAAUGCGGAUGUGUUCUAAUUCCAUAAGCUGUUUUGAUACGUUUCAAAGGCUUGCAUUAGAAGAGGAAACUAACAUUUUGACCUUUCUUGUGAUUUGAAUAAAUCUUCAAGAAGAAAACGAACCUGAGAAUCGAAACAAUGUUGUUUUCGUCGGAAAUAUAUAGUUUCAUGAGUUAUCUUAUUGUUAGAGAUUAAGACGUAAUAAUCCAGCAAAUAUGGGAGAUAAGAAAAUGGAACGUAAAAGUAUCUCCAAAUCUAGUCAACGGUCGUUGACGUUAACGAAUGUGGAAUCUUUAAAGAGCUGAGUCGCUGAGUCGCUGAGUCGCUGUGGCUUGUGAAGGGUGAAAACGAAUAAUCAUUUUUUUCUUUAAUAGGAAAUCGACAAAAGACUAUCUUAUAUAAUAAAGUUGACUUGAUUCUCUAUUCCUGCGUCCAUGUCAGCAAAAAAAAAGGGGCAAAUCGUGACACAUCAGCACCCUCUCUGCUGCGUUUAAAAUGUCAUUUACGGAUCGUAUGUUUCGGGCUUUGUCGUUUGUUUUGUAUUAUGUAUCUUUUUGGGUUUUGUGAAAUUUUUAAUAUUUGGACUUCUGGUAUGUUUGGCCCAGAGUUAGAUAUAAGCCCUGUUCGUUUACAAAACGCGGCGACAAGCGGUGGCGACUCGAAAUUGUACUAUAAACUCCACAAAUACAACACAGGUUAGUCAACACCGGAUUGUUUAUUCAGUCGCUGCGGUAAGUUGAAGCCAACAAAUCUGACGCGGAAAAUUUCUGCGGCAGUUACAUCUCCAUUUUCUUAACUCCGAUAGUCCAGCGGCGAUUGCUUUUAGUUUCAGCACCAUUAAAUUUGUUUUCGUUGUAGCUUUAUUUUAUGCCGCUGCCGCUGAUCUCAGCGUUUAUCAAACGAACAUGACUAUAUUAUGUUUGUGUAUCGUCUUCAACCCCGACGUCUUCUAAAUCCUAAUCUCAGCUUUUUCGUCAUACACCACAACUGAGUAACAGCUUCACCACUUUAUGCUGAAACUAUAAACCUUACAUUUAAUCUUAGUUAAGUCGAGCCCCACUACUUCUCAUUACUUCACAACCUUUGAUCUCUUCAGUUUCUUCGUGAUUUUGGAUCUAUAAAUAGGCAGCUCCUUCUUGAUGGUUCUCACAGAUUCAUUGCUUCUUCCUACUUAAAACUCAUACAAAAUCCUGCAUUUCUUCACACUUCACUGUUAAUUGGCGUUGCAUAGGAAAACCGAUGUGGUCUUCAAAUCACGACGCUUCUGGACCACACCUUCUGUAACAGUUGCCUUUACCAAUCAUCUGUGAAAUUAAACAGAUCAUGGCGGUUUCCUCCAUUUUACAAUCCGACUCCAGCUCACUUCUCCAAGAGAUCUCCGACGAUUCAUGGGAACUCCGCGACUAAGAAAUCUUAUAUAAUAAAGUUGACUUGCCUCUCUCCUCCUGCGUCCACGUCAGCAAGGAAGGAGGGGCAAAUCGUGACACAUCAGCACCCUCUCUCCUGCGUUUAAAAUGUCAUUUACGGAUCGUAUGUUUCGGGCUUUGUCGUUUGUUUUGUAUUAUGUAUCUUUUUGGGUUUUGUGAAAUUUUUAAUAUUUGGACUUCUGGUAUGUUUGGCCCAGAGUUAGAUAUAAGCCAUGUUCGUUUACAAAACGCGGCGGCAAGCGGUGGCGGCUCGAAAUUGCACUAUAAACUCCACGAAUACAACACAGGUUAGUCAACACCCGGAUUGUUUAUUCAGUCGCUGCGGUAAGUUGAAGCCAACAAAUCUGACGCGGAAAAUUUAUGCGGCAAUUACAUCUCCAUUUUCUUAACUCCGAUAGUCCAGCGGCGAUUGCUUUUAGUUUCAGCACCAUUAAAUUUGUUUUCGUUGUAGCUUUAUUUUAUGCCGCUGCCGCUGAUCUCAGCGUUUAUCAAACGAACAUGACUAUAUUAUGUUUGUGUAUCGUCUUCAACCCCGACGUCUUCUAAAUCAUAAUCUCAGCUUCUUCGUCAUACACCACAACUGAGUAACAGCUUCACCACUUUAUGCUGAAACUAUAAACCUUACAUUUAAUCUUAGUUAAGUCGAGCCCCACUACUUCUCAUUACUUCACAACCUUUGAUCUCUUCAGUUUCUUCUUGAUUUUGGAUCUAUAAAUAGGCAGCUCCUUCUUGAUGGUUCUCACAGAUUCAUUGCUUCUUCCUACUUAAAACUCAUACAAAAUCCUGCAUUUCUUCACACUUCACUGUUAAUUGGCGUUGCAUAGGAAAACCGAUGUGGUCUUCAAAUCACGACGCUUCUGGACCACACCUUCUGUAACAGUUGCCUUUACCAAUCAUCUGUGAAAUUAAACAGAUCAUGGCGGUUUCCUCCAUUUUACAAUCCGACUCCAGCUCACUUCUCCAAGAGAUCUCCGACGAUUCAUGGGAACUCCGCGACUAAGAAAUCUUAUAUAAUAAAGUUGACUUGUCUCUCUCCUCCUGCGUCCACGUCAGCAAGGAAGGAGGGGCAAAUCGUGACACAUCAGCACCCUCUCUCCUGCGUUUAAAAUGUCAUUUACGGAUCGUAUGUUUCGGGCUUUGUCGUUUGUUUUGUAUUAUGUAUCUUUUUGGGUUUUGUGAAAUUUUUAAUAUUUGGACUUCUGGUAUGUUUGGCCCAGAGUUAGAUAUAAGCCAUGUUCGUUUACAAAACGCGGCGGCAAGCGGUGGCGGCUCGAAAUUGCACUAUAAACUCCACGAAUACAACACAGGUUAGUCAACACCCGGAUUGUUUAUUCAGUCGCUGCGGUAAGUUGAAGCCAACAAAUCUGACGCGGAAAAUUUAUGCGGCAAUUACAUCUCCAUUUUCUUAACUCCGAUAGUCCAGCGGCGAUUGCUUUUAGUUUCAGCACCAUUAAAUUUGUUUUCGUUGUAGCUUUAUUUUAUGCCGCUGCCGCUGAUCUCAGCGUUUAUCAAACGAACAUGACUAUAUUAUGUUUGUGUAUCGUCUUCAACCCCGACGUCUUCUAAAUCAUAAUCUCAGCUUCUUCGUCAUACACCACAACUGAGUAACAGCUUCACCACUUUAUGCUGAAACUAUAAACCUUACAUUUAAUCUUAGUUAAGUCGAGCCCCACUACUUCUCAUUACUUCACAACCUUUGAUCUCUUCAGUUUCUUCUUGAUUUUGGAUCUAUAAAUAGGCAGCUCCUUCUUGAUGGUUCUCACAGAUUCAUUGCUUCUUCCUACUUAAAACUCAUACAAAAUCCUGCAUUUCUUCACACUUCACUGUCAAUUGGCGUUGCAUAGGAAAACCGAUGUGGUCUUCAAAUCACGACGCUUCUGGACCACACCUUCUGUAACAGUUGCCUUUACCAAUCAUCUGUGAAAUUAAACAGAUCAUGGCGGUUUCCUCCAUUUUACAGUCCGACUCCAGCUCACUUCUCCAACAGAUCUCCGACGAUUCAUGGGAACUCUGCGACUAAGAAAUUCUUUGAACGGCCGU